AUGACUUCUUCUAUUUCCCUUACACCAAACCCUCGUAUAGUCAUUGGAGAAUGCAAAGGGAAGCGAUCCAGAGUUAGAGUUAUAAUGAGCAGAGGUGGGGUAAUUGCAGCCCCCACAAGCCCCCAGACAUUGAAGUUUCCUACUUUGUCCAAACAAGGCAUUCCUUUGGCCGAUUUGCACGUCGAUGAGAUCGUUGCGAGGCAAUCUCGGGCCAACCAUUCUUCCCAACCGUAUAAGACGCUGCAUUUACAUCCUUCAUUUCUGGAAGAAGCUUACGAGAGUUGCAGGAAAAUCUGCGCAGAAUAUGCCCAGACCUUCUACUUGGGAACUUUACUGAUGACGAAGGAGAGGCAGAGAGCAAUUUGGGCAAUAUAUGUUUGGUGUAGGAGAACAGAUGAACUUGUGGACGGCCCCAAUGCUGCAUACAUGAACCCAGAAGUUCUUGACCGAUGGGAAGAACGUUUGCAAGACAUAUUUGAAGGGUGCCCUUAUGACGUGCUGGACGCUGCUUUGAGUCACACGGUGUCCAAAUUUCCCUUAGACAUGAAGCCUUUCAAAGACAUGAUUGAGGGCAUGAGAAUGGACACUAGAAAGUGUCGAUAUGACAGUUUUGAAGAGCUGUAUUUGUAUUGUUACUACGUGGCUGGAACUGUGGGCCUAAUGAGUGUGCCUGUUAUGGGAAUUGCACCCGAUUCUUCGCUUUCUUCUCAAACUAUUUACACUGCUUCCCUCCACUUGGGAAUUGGAAAUCAACUUACCAAUAUUCUAAGAGAUGUGGGAGAGGAUGCUUUGAGAGGGAGGGUAUAUCUUCCUCAAGAUGAGCUUGCACAGUUCGGGUUAUGUGACAAUGAUAUAUUGUCGAUGAGAGUGACUGAUAAGUGGAGAGAAUUCAUGAAAGAACAGAUCAAAAGGGCGAGGUUUUAUUUCAAACAGGCAGAAAAGGGAGCCUCUCAGCUAGACAAGCCCAGCCGUUGGCCGGUAUGGUCGUCCUUGAUGCUGUACCGAAAAAUAUUGGAAGCAAUUGAAGAAAACGAUUACAACAACUUCACAAAGCGAGCUUACGUAGGGAGGUCGAAGAAACUUCUCACACUGCCUCUUGCUUACACCAAAGCUAUAUCGGCACCCAGUCUACUCUUUCACUGACUGCACAUCCAGCAACUUAGGCACUUCGGCAUGCGUUGCCGCAUCC